UGCUCGAAUAGAUUCACGAGUCGACUCUUCUAUUCGAAGUCUAGGGCAAUUGUUGCGCAAGGAGAUUCUUCUGAGGAUGAAAAGUGAGAGAGAAGAAGUCAAGAACGGUGGUUUCGAGAAGGAGGAAGAAGAAAGAGAGCUAAAGCGUAAGAGAGCAAUGGAACGGUCUCCACCAAUAGAUGAGCUCGAAGACGACGAAGGCGACGCCUUUAAAGGUCGCGGGAAGCAUUCGCGCCACGUCGAAGUCCGUCGCGAUUGCCCUUAUCUCGACACAGUCAACCGUCAGGUAUUGGAUUUUGAUUUCGAGAGGUUCUGCUCUGUCUCCUUGUCGAAUCUGAACGUUUACGCGUGUCUCGUCUGCGGGAAGUACUUCCAAGGGAGAAGCCAGAGGUCUCAUGCUUAUACGCAUAGCUUGGAAGCAGGACACCACGUUUACAUCAAUCUUUUGACCGAGAAGGUCUAUUGUCUUCCUGAUAGUUACGAGAUUAAUGACCCUUCUUUGGAUGACAUUCGACACGUCUUGAAUCCAAGGUUUAGUAGGGGACAAGUGGAAGAGCUUGAUAGGAAUAAGCAGUGGUCUAGGGCUCUUGAUGGCUCUGACUAUCUUCCGGGAAUGGUGGGGUUGAACAACAUACAAAAGACUGAGUUUGUGAAUGUUACAAUCCAGUCGUUGAUGAGAGUUACUCCUUUAAGGAACUUUUUCCUUAUCCCUGAGAACUAUCAGCAUUGCAAGUCUCCUCUUGUUCACCGCUUUGGGGAACUCACUCGUAAGAUUUGGCAUGCUCGAAACUUUAAAGGACAGGUCAGUCCACAUGAGUUCUUGCAAGCGGUCAUGAAGGCUAGCAAGAAACGAUUCAGGAUAGGCCAGCAGUCAGAUCCAGUAGAGUUCAUGUCGUGGCUGCUCAACACUCUGCACAUGGAUCUUAGGCCUUCAAAGAACGCUAGCAGUAUCAUCCAUCAGUGCUUCCAGGGUGAGUUGGAGGUUGUGAGAGAGUAUCAAGGCAAUGAAAACAAAGAAGUCUCCAGGAUGCCUUUUCUGAUGCUUGGGCUAGAUUUGCCACCGCCUCCUCUUUUCAAAGAUGUCAUGGAGAAAAACAUUAUUCCACAGGUUGCUCUAUUCGAUUUAUUGAAGAAGUUUGAUGGAGAAACUGUGACGGAGGUGGUCCGCCCUAAGCUAGCCAGAAUGAGAUAUCGUGUAACCAAGUCUCCUCCUUACCUGAUGUUCCAUAUGGUUCGGUUCAAGAAGAAUAACUUCUUCAAGGAGAAGAACCCUACCUUGGUUAACUUCCCAGUGAAAGACAUGGAGCUGAGGGAUUACAUACCAUCACUGCCUACUGCUGCAGAAGGCGAGAAGGUCUCUUCAAAGUACAAUCUAAUCGCCAACAUUGUGCAUGAUGGUAAGCCUGAGGAUGGGUACUUCAGAGUCUUCGUGCAGCGCAAGUCACAAGAACUAUGGUACGAGAUGCAGGAUUUGCAUGUGGCAGAAACACUUCCCCAAAUGGUAGAACUAUCAGAAGCAUACAUGCAGAUAUAUGAGCUGCAGGAGGAAUAGAGCAGAGCAGGAGACAAACUUUUACUCAUCGCUUUAAGAGUUAGUUUUCCAGGUUUUUUCUUGGAUUGAAGACUGAGAUUGUAAACUUGUUUCACAGCUUUUGGGAGAUAAUAUUGUUCCUCUUAACUAGGCCAGAGAAAACCUGUAAUAGCUUUGGAUACAUCAUUUUGAAAGACCAUUCAAGGAAAAACAAAAUAUGAGUUUUGGGAACAUCA